AUUUCAUUAAUUUUUGGUAUACGUGUAAAAUAAGUGGUCAGUGAGUGUGAUUUUCAUCAUUUUUUCAGGUUUCUUAAAUCGGCCGAAGACCGCUGUGGACCAUGAGGACGAUUUUUUUGUUGCUGUCCUCGUGCACGAUGAUGGACGUUUGUGUGGUUUGCGAAUUGAUCGACAUUAGGGAUUCUACGAAUACCGCCGAGUCAGAAAAAUCGAACAGGUCAGCCAUCUUGGAUAAGGCGAUCCUCCGGCAAGAUUCCGACCGCUCGUUCGAGCAUACCCCAGUUUCCAUGGACCCCUUGAACUUGGACCCGAACUUGCCCUUCUUACUUCGGCACAUUAACAGGACGUCGCGGAACGAGAGCCGAUCUUCAAUUCGUACGAAUCCCGAACCCCCCGCCCCCUCUGCUACGACGGAUUUUCUCUCACCGUCGCCCGCGAGAACCUCCAAAGGUCUUCAAACGUCCACGAAUCUUCCGAAAAAUCCAUCUAUUCCAGUUCAUCAAUCGGUUGAUUGGAAUGACAUGUCGACGAAAUCGAACAGAUCGGCUAUCAGAAAAUUAGGUAAAGUGGAAGGUUACUAUGAAACGAAUGCGGGAAGUGGCGAUAACUUUGAAAAAAGAGGGCUGCCGUUGAUCGCGAUGGACGUCCUUCGGCGAAGAGAAGAGAAAAGAAGAUACGAAGCGUUGAAUCGUCGAUACCCUGGAUAUUACGAUGAGAGUUCUCACGAACCUGACGAAGAUUACGCAUCUCCGGACAAAUAUUAUUCGGCAUCGAUAAAUUUGGAAACCGAGGACAUCGACGCCGACGCCCAGAGAUAUCCGGGCGAAAGCGGCCAUCGUUACGAAUCAGACAAUUACCUGGGUUAUCCUACUUAUCCUUACGAGGAUGAAAAGAAAAAUCGUUACUACGAAAACAACAAAGCGUCUGCAGAUUAUCACUCCGGAAUAGGCGCAGCGGAAUCGUUGCAGUUCCGUCUAGCUCGUCCCGCUAGUUUAUCGAAUUCCAGAUAUUCGGUCGAUUCGAGUUACGACGGAGGGCCGGCACCAACUUUGAUCGGAAUUUUCUUUUCGAUCGGUUCCAACCUGAUGCAAUUAUUCAAGAUCGGAUUGGGCAGCGGUUUGUCUAUAGUGAUACCGAUACUGGCGAUCAAGCUCUUUUUAAUUCCCCUAAAGAUCUUGAAGAUCAUAAAAAUCGUGAAAAUUCUUCUGAAACUUUUCUUCGUCGUGCCGUUCAUCCUUCGAGUUUUCGCGCCUUCGGUAUACUCGGCGAUCGGUCUGCACCAUCACGCGGGUUUCGCGAAUAAAAUGGAAGGAAUUUCAUCGGACCCCGAAAGCAGAGACUCGUUGGACCCUGGAGCGGAGCACACCAAUUCUUCCUGGUGGAACAACGCCGGAUUAGGCGGCGCUAAUUCAACGGGGAUUUCGUUAAUACCCGAUAUUCUAGGCACUCAAAAGUGUCCGAGUAAAGUAGCCUGCGAAUUGGGUUCUUACUUGGCAAGCAGGAGCAGUAUUCCCGAAAAGCUUACGAAAUAUCUGAGUAAUAACGAUCCUGGAGAAAGUAAAGAUUUUGAUCAGCAGAGGAACGAAAAAGAAGAAAUCACCAGAGUGUUCCUUAGGGCGCUCACCCAACGAUGGACUUACGAUCGAUGCGAAGUUUUCUCUUGUGGAAUUUCACUUUGAAAACAAUAUGAUCAGUGAGAGAAAAAGAAUAACAAUAAACAACGAGUGACCAAGGGAAAAAAAAGAACAAUACGAUUUUUAAUACUUGCAUCAUAAUGACACUUUUCUCUUGAUUUAUUUAUUAUACUUGUAUUUAUUUAACUUGUAAGAAAUAAAAGCCAAAUAAUGUAGAAUA